AUGAGAGAGAACGAGAGAAGGAAGUCUGCAACAAGCCAAGAGCAGCAGCGGCAGCGCGACAAAGCCUCUGUUGUUGGACGCCAGGGCCCCUCUGUCGCUCUGCGAGGAACUGACACUCUGAGGACAAAGAAAGCUCCAAGGAUCUGUGGCCCUGUAGCAGAGUUCCUCCAGGAGACAGUCAUCAUCCCUACGGACCGGAAGAAAGGACGCAUCCCAAACUGGAAAGGAAAGGAUGAUCAUAUGGACUACAACGUCUACAGGGGUAUUACACUGCUCACCCUCAUGAUGUCAACCGUUGACCACGUUCUAGCUCUGCAAGACACAGACUCCUCAGUCAACUGCUCAGGAGCUUCAACCAGGAAAUCUAUCAACUUCCAUUAUAACAUCACAUGCAAAGGGUGGCGCUCCUCCGGACAAAAGCGUGUGCGUCCUGCCCGAGUCCGAGGAGAAAGGAUGGAGGCGGUGGAGAGGUUCGACAGUCCGGGAAGAGGUCGCGGUCUCCGCGUCAACAGAGGCUUUAAAGUCGGUGAGCUGCUGUUCUGCUGUCCGCCGUUCGCGUCGGUGCUGUCGGUCACAGAGAGGGGGGGGCGCUGCGACUUCUGCUUCAGCAGGAAGGAGGCUUUGGCCAGAUGUAAGAAGUGCAAGAAAGCGUUCUACUGCAACGUGAAGUGUCAGAAAGGUGACUGGGCCAUGCACAAGCUGGAGUGCUCAGCAAUGAUGGCAUUUGGAGAGAAGUGGUGCCCGCCAGAAGCAACCCGGCUGGUGGCCAGAAUCCUCGCCAAAAAGAAAACACAGAAAGAAAGAUGUGCAUCUGAGCAGAUCCUGCUGGUAGAAGAGUUACAGUCACAUGUGGACGACAUGGACAAUGAUAAGAGAGACCUGCAGGAGGCGCACAUCGCUGCACUGCAUCACUUUUAUUCCAAACAUUUAGAAAUCCCCGAUCACAAAGAUCUGCUCACACUUUUCUCUCAGGUUUCCUGUAACGGUUUCACUGUGGAGGACGAUGAACUGUCCCACAUGGGGACUGCCAUCUACCCAGAUGCGGCGCUGAUAAACCACAGCUGUCUUCCCAACACCAUCGUCACAUAUAACGGGACGGUGGCCGAGGUGCGGGCGGUGCAGGAAGUGAAGCCUGGAGACGAAGUGCUGAUCAGCUACAUCGAUGUUCUUUAUCCAACUGUUGACCGAAACGCCAGGCUGAGAGAGUCGUAUUUCUUCACCUGUGAAUGUCAGGAAUGUCAAACCAAGUCCAAAGACAAGGAGAAGUUGAAAACGUGUAAGCAAAGUGAUCUCAUCGAGCCAAAGGUCAUCAGCAACAUGGCGCGCUAUGCCAGGAACACCAUCAGAGAGUUUCGAGCUUUCAAACACAAGAAAUCCCCUAGUGACUUACUGGAGAUGUGCGAACAGAGCCUGGAGAAGAUGGGUACUGUUUUUGAUGAUUCCAAUGUGUACAUGCUCCACAUGAUGUACCAGGCUAUGGGGGUUUGUCUCUUCAUGGAGGACUUUCAUGGAGCUAUCAGCUACGGCGAGAAGAUCAUCAAACCUUACAGUCGGCUGUAUCCGCCAUAUUCGCUCAACGUGUCCUCCAUGUACCUGAAGUUGGGUCGGCUCUACAUGGGGCUGGACAGACGCUCCGCGGGCCUCUGCGCCCUGAAGAAGGCAAUGGCGAUAAUGGAGGUGGCUCAUGGGAAGGACCAUCACUACCUGACGGAGCUGCGGAAUGAGAUGACCCAGCAGAAUUGAAGGGUUGACUGUAUAUAUUCCUGUAAUAAACAGGUUGUUUACUGAACUUA